UCCCAGUCAUUUCCUCGGUUUGGACUGAAACGAGCACACACGGUGCCCUGACACGGUUUGCAGUGGCACGGUGGCGGAGGAGCUGCGGCUGGACGUCAGAGAGGACCUCGGGGAAAUACUGCAAUAAUCCCUAAAUGUGAUGAAAAUAUAGGACAACAUCUCUCCAGGAUAAUCUGACGCACAGAGGGACAAAACGCCCUUCAGCCUACUGUUUUUGGAAACUGGAAUUAAUAUCUUAUUUCUAUCCAUAAGGUAUCAAGUUAAGAUAAAGAUGCUGUCACAUUGCUCCCUCCUGCUGUUGCUAUGUGUGGUCCGGCUGUUCUCCCCCUCCUCAGCCCUGCCCUUUGAGCAGAAAGGCUUCUGGGAUUUUGCCAUGGACAGUAUGGACACCGGCGGGAUACUGGCGAUGAUGAGGGAUGAGGAAGAAGGCUCUGCAGACGUGGGGGUCCCUCCCCCUGACAUACCCAUGUGUCCCUUUGGCUGCCAGUGUCAUCUCAGGGUCGUCCAGUGUUCUGACCUCGGUCUGACUGAGGUGCCAAAGAAUAUUCCUCGGGACACCAAGUUCCUGGACCUGCAGAACAACCGUAUCACUGAGCUGAAGGAGAAUGACUUCCAAGGCCUCACAAACCUAUACGGCCUGUCUCUGAGGAAUAACCUUAUUUCCAAAGUCCACCCAAAAACAUUUGUGCCUCUUAAGCACAUGCAGAAGCUCUACUUCUCCAAGAAUCUGUUGACCACUAUCCCCAAGAACUUGCCUGCCUCUCUGGUUGAGAUCAGAAUCCACGAGAACCGCAUCAAGAAGGUGGCAGCUGGAGCCUUUUCAGGACUGGGCAGCAUGAACUGCAUAGAAAUGGGAGCUAACCCUAUCCAUAACAGUGGUUUUGAGCCUGGAGCAUUCAAGGGACUGAAACUGAAUUAUCUGCGUAUAUCAGAGGCCAAACUGACUGGAGUGCCAAAAGAUCUCCCAGAGAGUCUCCAUGAGCUUCAUCUGGACCACAACGAGAUCCAGGCUGUGGAACUGGAGGACCUGAAGCGCUACAAAAACCUGUACAGGUUGGGUCUUGGCUAUAACCAUAUCCGUAACAUUGAGAAUGGCAGCCUGGCCUUCCUACCUAGACUGAGAGAGCUACAUCUGGACAACAACCGCCUCACUCGUGUUCCCCAAGGCCUCCCAGACAUGAAAUACCUACAGGUGGUGUACCUCCAUUCCAACCAUAUCAGCCAGGUGAGCGUGGAUGACUUCUGCCCUCGUGGAUUUGGUAUGAAGAGGACAUUCUAUAACGGCAUCAGCCUGUUUGCGAACCCUGUCAACUACUGGGAGGUGCAGCCUGCCACGUUCCGCUGUGUCAGUGACCGGCUGGCCAUUCAGUUUGGCAACUACAAAAAGUAAAGACAGGGGAUACUGAGAGGUGGAAGAGAGUGAGGGAUGGAGGAGGAGCAGAUAAUUUAAAUAAUGAAAAAAAAAAAAACUGAGAGAUGGAGGGAAAGGAGUUCAUAUUUGAUAUUAUUAUUAUUAAUAUUAAUAUUAUUGGUUUUGGAGAGGAUGAGUGAUGGAGAAGAUGGGAAUUGAUGAAAUAAAAAAGGGAGUGAAUAAUACAAUCACAUAACUUGAAAUUGGAGUGGAAAGCAAAGCUCUUGCAGUACUUCACCUAACUUUUUCACAGUUUUGAAUUUAAGGUUUGGAAAGUUUUGCCAUCAGAAAUGGAUGUAACAGAGGAGACUGUCUGAGAAGAAUGUUUUUCCCCAGCCGAAAUCGAUGAGAAAUUCGUACUGAAUCCUUGUGAAGCAUUUCAUUCCAUAUUUUGUACACAUAGUGCUUAUUGUGAUAGAAGUCAUUUUUGUUUUAUUAAUAUUUUCACAAUUACAAAAUAGAAAAAUAGAAAAGCAAUGCAUUAUAGAUUUUUUUUUAUAUAUAUCUAAGAAGGUACUCUGUAUGACUUUCUGUGUGUGCUGAUUUGGGAGAUACAUCACAUUGUCUCUGUUUCACUAGUCCACAACCAUCUGGCCCUAAAUUCUGUGAUUAAAUUAUACUGUAUUAAUAAACAACUAGUCACAGAUUUGGGGCUAUUUUCCACCAUUUACAGACACAAAAUGAAUUGCACAAAAAGUAUAACCUAUUAUUCAAGUUAACCAGCUCAAAAACAUGUUUGUAUAUAUCAUUGAUUGAUAAAAUUCCCCUCAUCAGUGCUAAACAUUUUUCUUAUUGAUCUGAGGUAUUUGAACCACCAGCCUGCCUGUGUAAGGAGUCUAGUCUGUGCCUUUACUAAUAUUAUGCUGUCUGUAUGAUACUUUAAUACAGUAUUCCUUGAGGGGACACUGAGAUAAUGGGGAUUUGCCCCGGUUAGAGAAAACACACACCUGCUUUGCUUUGACACAAUGAAGGCAGUGUGUUUAUAUAGUGCUACAAACAAUAGUAGUGUUAAUGCAUUGUUUUGCACAGUUUUUCUGUUAUGCUUUCUGCUUCAGGGUUAUUGGAGGGUUAACCUGUUUAUGUUGGUAGGCCUAUGUGGAACUACUCUAGCCAUAAGUAUUCUGUCCUGUCUCUGUUCUGUAACCUGACAAGCUACUGCUGCAUGUGAAUAAAGACAUUUUUAGCCUGCUGCAUAAAGCCAGAGAACAACUGAUGCCCCUGGGUUGGAUGCUGUGUGAGAAAUAAAGAAGAAAUAUCACUUU